AUGACAGCGCUGUCUCCGGGAGCAGAACAGACGCAAGGCGUGGUGCCAGCACGGAUGAUUCUGCAAGAUGGCGCACGCCUGCAGGCCGAACAGUUGAGCAUUCAGGCCUUCUCCGAAAUGUCGCCAGCUGGGAGCAUGGUCCUCGGGGCCUCGGCGCAGGUGCUGCUGAAGGGAGGCUUCGAUUGCUCCUGCUCCCUCGAUCAGGGAGCGCACUCCGUCUUCGAGGCUGGUGGCGACAUCACUGUCAGCGCGCCCUCGCUGAAAGCGGCGGGCCCGCGGUGGACGGAGGUCGUGGACGCGGUGCCACAGCAGGUGAGGCUCGGCGAGGGGGCGCGCCUGCGAGGCGGCGCGGUGGGCCUCCUGAGCGGCCGCCUCCUGGUGGGGCAGAGCGGCUCGCUGGAGGCGGAGAGGGACCUGCAGGCUCGCGCCCAGCACCUGGCACUGUGGGGCAGCGCCCGCGCUGUGCACCGCGGCAGCUUCCACGCCUCGGGCAGUCUGGCCGUCGGGCCAGGCGCGGAGCUCACCGCCCACGCCGUCCUCGCGGAGUCCUGCGGCACCGCGGCGAUCGACGGGCUCGUGCAGGGGACUAUCGUUCGUGUGAUGGCGAGCCUUCUCGAGGGCAAGGGCAGCAUAUCGCCCCCUUCGGCCUCGGCCGAGCUCGCUGAGCGGAGCGCGAACGAGGGGUUCUGCAGCAGCCUCGGCCCCGACUGGGAGGCUUCUGGCCGUGAGGCAGCUGCCGAGGGCGAGGGUUGGGCAUCCUUGCGCUGCACUGAUGCAGCAGAUCGCUGUCACUGCAUAUCUCUUCGGUGGCGAGAGGACCACCCGGCUGGUGCGCGCCAACCUCCCAGGCCGACCGACGGCGGCCUCGUGCACGAGAGCCACACUUGCUGUGCUGAGCCCAAGGACACCAUCUCGUGCGGCGGCUAUCACACGGCGGUCCUGCGCAGCGACGGGACGGUGUGGACCGCGGGAGAGGGCGCGGAGAGGCCAGCUCGGGGACGGGCAGACGUCCGACCGGGCCACGUUCGCCGAGGUGAUGGCCGGGGCGCAGGCCGUGGCCCUCGGCGGCGUGCACACGGCGGUCCUGCGCAGGGACGGGACGGUGUGGACCGCGGGACGGGGCGCGGAGGGCCAGCUCGGGGACGGGCAGACGUCCGACCGGGCCACGUUCGCCGAGGUGAUGGCCGGGGCGCAGGCCGUGGCCCUCGGCGGCGUGCACACGGCGGUCCUGCGCAGGGACGGGACGGUGUGGACCGCGGGAUGGGGCGAGAGGGGCCAGCUCGGGGACGGGCAGACGUCCGACCGGGCCACGUUCGCCGAGGUGAUGGCCGGGGCGCAGGCCGUGGCCCUCGGCGCCGUGCACACGGCGGUCCUGCGCAGGGACGGGACGGUGUGGACCGCGGGAAAGGGCGCGGAGGGCCAGCUCGGGGACGGGCAGACGUCCCACCGGGCCACGUUCGCCGAGGUGAUGGCCGCGGAGAAGGAACCGAUCGGAAAGUUUUUGUGGCCUGGCCUCGAGCUGCACUUCGGCAAAUUGGGGCGGCCGUUUCCGUCGGUGCACGCGAAUUGGAGCAGCAUUGUUCAUCCAGGUGA